CCCCACACAAGCAAGAUGGCGGCGCCCUGGCGGCAGACGCGCAGCCUGUUUGGGAUGUCGGUGACCCUGGGCCCGGGCUCCCGUAGCUACCGGGCGCCGCCGCCCCCGCGCCGCUCUUCGGGUCCCUGGUGGCCAGACCCAGAGCACCCGCUGACCCCGCGCUGGCAGCUGGGGCCGCGCUACGCAGCCAAACAAUUCGCACGACAUGGCGCUGCCUCUGGUGUAGCCCCCGGUUCACUGUGGCCGUCUCCAGAACAGCUGCGCGAGCUGGAGGCCGAGGAGCAAGAAUGGUACCCAAGCUUGGCAACCAUGCAGGAGUCGCUGCGGGUGAAGCAGUUGGCUGAGGAGCAGAAGCGUCAGGCCAGGGAGCAGCACAUUGCAGAAUGCAUGGCCAAGAUGCCACAGAUGAUUGAGAACUGGCGACAGCAGCAGCGGGAACGCUGGGAGAAGGUGCAGGCAGACAAGGAGAGGAGGGCCCGACUGCAGGCUGAGGCCCAAGAGCGCCUGGGCUACCACGUGGACCCAAGAAGCACCCGCUUCCAGGAGCUGCUACAGGACCUAGAGAAGCAGCAGCGCAAGCGCCUCAAGGAAGAAAAACAAAGACAGAAGAAGGAGGCGAGAGCUGCUGCAUUGGCUUCUGCUGCAGCAGCACAGGACACAGUAGCCUCUGGGGCCCCCAGCUCCUGAGCUGUCUUCCCAAUAAAGCCUGCUGCCUGACAGAUCCACCUCAAAA